AUGUCCUACGAUGCUCAGGUCACCGCUCGCCAACUAUGGGGUCAAUUGAGCACUCCCGUUGCGAGCCAGACACCCACCAGUGUCUGGUGUACACCUCUUAUUCUGCCCAGCGGGGGUAUUCUCGUCUUUGGCGCCGACCAGACCAGCACCCUACGCGCCCGAGUCACCUUCAAACUCCCCUGCGAAAACCCGGAUUCCAUCAUUAGCCCCGACACCACGGGCAAUUCCUCGGUCAUCGGCUUCCAAGAUCCUUUCUAUGCCUCGAUUUCGCCGCAGAUAUACGCGCUCGCCACCGCGACCGUCAUCAGUUAUGUCUUGGUGAUCCUGAUUUUCAUCACGCCGAGGACAUUCUUUGUGGGAGGUCCCGGUGGAGGCGCAAGAUUGCUGGGGCGGCGCGGUGUCAUAACGGGGACAUAUGGAUCAUCCUCCAUCGUCGGCGUCGGGCGGAGACCGCUGCUGCAGAAGAUUGCGACCGUGACCGUGGCCAUCUCUCUCACCAUAGCCACCGCCGACACGUUCUCAGUCGCAGAAAACCAAUACAAUCAGGGCUACAUGGACUCUACUUUACUGGUCGACAAUGUCGUGGACAGCCUAGAAAUCCGCAUCAUCCGGGUCAUAUCGGACACCUUUCUCUGGCUUGCUCAGGUCCAAACGCUCAUUCGGUUGUUCCCUAGACACAAGGAAAAGGUCGCCAUCAAAUGGCUCGGAUUCGCCAUGGUCUCUUCCGACACCAUUUUCAGCAUUUUGGAUUCCUUUGUUAGUGGCAAUCCGAGGACACGUCCGCGCAGCUUUUCGGACGCCAUACCAGCCCUGAACUACCUGUUCGAACUGGCCAUCUCGCUGAUAUAUGCCUCAUGUGUGGUCUACUAUUGUCUCUCAAAGCGGCGGUUUGCAUUUUGGCACCCAAAGAUGAAGAAUAUCUGUCUCGUGGCACUGCUGUCUCUGAUGUCUGUGGUUAUCCCAGUAGUGUUUUUCGUGCUGGACAUAGCUCAACCCGACCUGGCCGGCUGGGGCGAGUACAUUCGGUGGGUGGGCGCCGCGGCUGCCAGUGUUGUGGUAUGGGAAUGGGUGGAACGCAUAGAAUCCCUCGAGAGGGAUGAAAGAAAAGAUGGAAUACUCGGAAGAGAAGUCUUUGACGGCGAUGAAAUGCUCAACAUGACCCCGUCAGAAGACGCGAGCUGGCACGGCCACGGUCGGGGCACCGGACACGAGGGCGGUCUGCGCAAGACUACGGGCGAAGGCGUGCUUUCGCGGUACAAGCGACUCCGGGACCGGCUUCCCUUGCGAAAACGCCGCAGAAUGGCGCCUCCAGAUGGCAUCAGCACAGGCACAGACGCGAUGGACUCCACAGGACAGCGUUUUCCGCCGCAAAACCAGCUCGUGGUGCCAGAACAUCGCAUCACACCUCUGAAUGGGAGCGACACCGGGAGCGCUACAAGCACCGUUUACGCAAUCCGAUACCACAAUCUGACCAGCCCGUCACCAGAUUAUCAACAUGACUUGAAUUCCCAGCCGGAAGCCGGCGCGACGAUUGACGCUCCAAAGCCCGAAUCAUCGGACCGAUCAGGGUCGGGCUCUGCACCCUCUACCACUGACAAGGAGAUGGCAGUGGUACCUGUGAUCUUCGCGCCCGGGGACUCUGCCGGGCGACUGAAUUGGCAUUCAGUGACUAGUCCAUUCAAGCGCCGGAGGGCUGAACCUCCUGUCGAAGUGGCCGAUGCGCAGAUUGCCAGUGGUAUCCGGCGGUCACCAAUCGACCGCAGUCUGAAUCUGCGCGGUCGAAUCGGGGCAUUUGCUUCCGCGCAGAAAGAACGCUUGGCUCACCGAGGGGACCUACAAUCCGCCUCUUUACCAGUAACCGUGAUUCCGGCUCCAAAGGGCAAUGAACGGACAUGGUCGCCGGAUGACAUGCGUGACGAUCCGACUGCUGACGAGUCAAUCCCGAUGAACACAAUGAGUGUGGCUUCUGCAGAGCAAGGAUCAAACGACCCAGCACCGGUCGCUCCUAUAGCAGCUGCUGCUCACGGUCGGCCGCUAAGUGCCCAGCCCUAUGUGAAGCCUAGCGACACUGGCCGGGAUAUGUACAGCAGCGUUCAGUAUCCCGAGGCUGUGGCCGUAAGACCUGCAGCGCCCAAUCCGAGCCACGCGUCCUCCUCUGAGGGUGGAACGACGGCUACCGAAUACCCCACCAUCUCAUCAAUUGAUCCAAGAAACAGUCAUGAUGGUGGCGUUACUCAACCAGCCGUCCUGCGCCCAACGGCUUACGUGCCAGCCUCGACCAUUCCACCGAUCCCGGAGCACACGGUAGAGGACGAUCCGGGCGCGCCGCAGAGGGGAACAUGA